UUUUUUUUUUUCGGUUGCCUCAUUUGGGUUUCCCAUUUUAUUUUUCUUUAUUUUUGUUGUUGUUGUUGCUACUGUUGCUGGUUUCCAAACGAUUUGUGUGUUGCUCUGUGCGCAACUAAUUUUAGCCUUGGCUAAUGCAAUAAACUGCACCGGACAGCAGUCGAAACGUACGUAAAUACCACCAGUGUAUAAUUAUAAUAAUGCGAGCUGCGGUGAUCUCCACAUUCACAAUUGACACGUGCAACGGUUUGUGAAUGCGCGCCAGAGUCUCUCAACGAAAUGCUGAGCGUCAUGGCAACGCCACAGGAAAUUCUGGAUGUUGAGAUGCCAUCGAGCAACGCUGGCCCAUUGCAGGGCACCGUCAAUGUCAUUACCAUCAUCAGCAAUAACAAUAACAAUCACAGCAGCAACAACAACAAUAACAACAAUAACAACAACAACAACAACAGCGAUAACAGCAACAGCAACAACAACAACAACAACGGCAACAUCAUACCUGUCGAGUCGAGCGUGGGCGUGGCAGGUGCUAGCAGCGGCAGCGGCACAGUGGAGCACAGCUUUGUGGCCAUACCAUUGCUGGAGCGUCGACGUCGCAGUCGCAGUCAGAGCCACUGUCGCAUCACGCCAUUGGCGCCCAUUCUGUGCCUGAGCAGCCAGAGCGGCACCCAUCCCGAGGACCUAACCCAGCUGUCCCGUUCCGUCUCGUGUUUCGUUCGCAUUCGCCGCAGCUUCGCCAAGUUUCUGGGCAAAAUCAUGGGCAGCAAUAAUCCCAGCGAGGCCGAUCGAUAUGAUUAUUACGAUUAUUCCGAACUAGAAGAAUUUGAGACGCCGGCGCGCUACAGACCAGACUCACUGAGCGCCCUGAGCCGGGCCACCCGCUUCACAGAGGACGAGAUCAAACGAAUUUAUCGGGGUUUUAAGGCUGAGUGCCCCACGGGCGUGGUCAAGGAGGAUACCUUCAAAGUGAUCUAUUCGCAGUUCUUUCCACAGGGAGCGAAUCCAACAUUAUACGCACAUUAUGUAUUUAAUACCCUGGAUCAGGAUCAUAGCGGCAUAGUCAGCUUUGAGGACUUCGUUCAAGGACUUUCGAUACUGUCGCGCGGCUCCGUCGAGGAGAAGCUGCGCUGGACAUUCUCGCUGUACGACAUCAAUGGCGACGGCUUCAUUACGAGGGAGGAAAUGACUGACAUUGUGACUGCCAUAUACGAGCUAAUGGGCCGACUGCCGGACGAGUGUCCCGAGGAGGAGAAGAUCAAGGGCAAGGUGGAGCAAAUCUUUCAGAAAAUGGACAUUAAUCGGGAUGGCGUUGUGACGCUCGAGGAGUUUUUGGAGGCGUGCCGCAAUGAUGAUGCCAUAUCCAGAUCGAUGUCUUAUACGGUGCGGCGACUGCGACGUAGCCGGAGUCAACAGCAAAAAGAAAAGCAGCACAACAAACAGCAAAUGGAAACUGAGAAACGUAAGUCAAACUACAAGAUGAAACAACAACAACAACAACAACAAAUGCAACAAAUACAUAGCACAAGACACCAGGCGGCUGCCAAGUGCUGUCAUGUCAUUGACAUCGAUGGCGCCAGCACAACAACAACAACAACAACAGCAACAACAAGAACAACAACCAACUGCACUAGCAACCACAACCACAACAACUACAAAACUAAUCACAGGCCUCGAACACUGAAAAACCGCGUCAUCGACGACUACGAUGAGCAGGAGGAGGAGGUGGAGGAGCAGGAGGAGGAGCAGGAGGAGGAUGAGUAUGAAGAUAACAACGACAGCGACAGCGACGAUGACGACGACGACGACGACGAUGUUGAUGAUGAGCAUGAGGAUGAAGACGAUUACGAUGAGGAUGAUUAUGAAGCUGGCAAACAGCCGCUGAUGGGCAUCGCUCGACGCAAUCAAGCCAUUUGCCGGCACUGCCAACGACCCCAAACGGAGCUGCAUUCGCGGCAAUUGCCAACGCUGCGCCUGCGCCAAUCCCAUUCAAAGUCGCGACAGCGCAAGCGCAGCAAGAGUCGGCAGCGUCAUCAUCAGCAUCCACAUCCACAUCAGCAUCCCCAUCAGCAUCCCCAUCCACAUGCAGCAGUGGAUGCGCGUGGAUCUAGGCCGCGCUGGCCGGAGCUGAGCAUGGCCAAUGAGCUGGCCAUACGAUUUCGCUGUCCGCAGGUGGGGCCGCAGGUGGGUCGCGAUCUGCACACGCCACAGCCAAUGCACUUCCAUCAUCCCCAGCAGCUGGGCCAGGGCCCUGGCCAGCACCAGCAGCAGCAGCAGCAGCAGCAGCAGCAGCCACCGCCCAAGCCGGCCAAAAGUAAAAGCAAGCACAAGCAGCGUAAGCAAACAGCGCAGCAGCCGGCUGCAGCGCCCAAAGCAGCUGUGGCAGCAACAACGCCAGCACCGCCUGCGCCGCCUGCACCGCUUGCACCACCUGCCCCGCCGUUGCCGCCGCCCAAUGGCCUGGUGGUGCAGCCAGUGGAUAGCAACGGGCUGGCCGGGCACGGCAACACGGAGCUGCCCCAAACACCAGACUCGCCCUCGCUGGUAAAGGUCAGCACCUGGUAUACGGUGGCCAAGCAGGGCGUCUCCUGCUAAUAGGCAUUUACAUAUUUGCAGUUGUUAACUUCAAGCCAAACGCUCGCUGAGCAAAAUUUGCAUAGCAACCAAAUGAAAUAUGAGCGAGUGAAAUCGAACGCGAAUUGUCAAACUACCUACGAAAUGGCCAUAAAUAUGCAAUUAUGCUCGAAAAGUGUGGAUGUGUUUAUAUUUUUCACUUGUGCCACACAUACACACACGCACACACACACAGAAACACAAAUACACAUACACAAGCGAACUAUUCACAAUAGGCAAUUUAUGUCAAUUGCAUUCAAAGCCAACAUUUCUGUUGUGGCCAUUGCGAGUGAUCGAUUGAGCAUACACACACCUACGCAUACACACACACACACAUACAUAUAUAUAUACACAAAUCUGUACUAUACACAAGUAUAUACAAACAAUAGAUGCGCCAUUUCUAAAUGUUGUUCGGCUCGCCCACAAAAGUAUGCAACAGAAUUUGCCACGACAAAUGCAUGCGUAAUGAAAGCUUUAGACCAACCAACCCACAAAAACUAACGGUUAAAUAUAUGAAACCAAAAAUGGAUUGCAAGCCAAUAUAAGAAGAAGAAUACUAAACAAAAGACAAAACUAUAAUAACUAGCUUAAGUAGAGAACAAGAUACUUAUUUUGUUGUAUUCAAAUUUUUUGUUUAUAUUUCUUUUUUUUUUAACUACAUAGAAUGAAACGAAUUACCAAGGUAAACAUCUAAACUGUUUGGGAUAGUCAAAAUUUAAUAUAUAAAAAAAAAAAAAUUCAAUCAAGGCAAGAUAAACCCAAA